AUGAAGGGGCUGGGAGCCCCGGACAAAUUUACCUGUACAUUCACUUACGCAUCUCAAGGAGGGACCAAUGAGCAAUGGCAGAUGAGUCUGGGCACCAGCGAGGACCACCAGCACUUCACUUGCACCAUCUGGAGGCCCCAGGGGAAGUCCUACCUCUACUUCACCCAGUUCAAGGCUGAGGUGCGCGGCGCUGAAAUCGAGUACGCCAUGGCCUACUCGAAAGCUGCAUUUGAAAGAGAGAGCGAUGUUCCCCUGAAAAACGAGGAAUUUGAAGUGACCAAAGCAGCAGUGGCCCACAGGCCUGGUGCCUUCAAAGCUGAGCUGUCCAAGCUGGUGAUCGUGGCCAAGGCAGCCCGCAGCGAGCUGUGACCAGCGGCAGCGCCAGGAACACUGACGGGUGGCUGGUCCCUCAGAGACCCUUGGUGUCCACUUGCACCAGGGGCCCUGUUCAGCUGGCGGCUGCGUGCAGAGAAGCCGCUGCCCACCGUGCUUGUGAGCUGUGACCCAGCUCUGUUCCUCGGCCUCCACACAGCGAGGUGGACCAAGGACACCCUGUGAUCCUGAAGCCAGCCCAGGUCUCCAAGGGCCCUGCCAGGCCCCGGGACCCCCAGGACUCAACCCUGCCAUCACCCAGGGGAGCUCCUUUGAAAUGAACUGGAAAGACACCAGGUGUUCUUUCAUAUUUAAAUAAAUAACAGAAAAGAAAAGAA